CGAGAGCUUUUGACAGCGUAACUUGCUAACUAUCAUUCUUGAAGCAUUUGCGCUACUCCGUUGAAACCAGCAAACUGUAACGCUAGUUACGUACGAUGAACCACGAGUAGAUCAGCAAUUCUACCGGUCACAUUUAUCGGUCUGUUGCAGGUAGCUUGCCCGAAAGGUGGUUGAGCUGGGCGCUUGGGCGUGGACAUGGCGAAACGCAGGAUCACACAGGACACCUUCGAUGCGGUGGUCAAGGAAAAUGUCGACGAGUUCGACAUGGACCCAACCGAAGCCCUCAACGAGGCUGUCCAGCAGUUCGAGUCUCAAGGCGUGGAUCUCAGUAAUAUUGUAAAAGCAGUGCCGACAGCGGCGACAGAUGAGACGAGGGACGAAACGCAUGAAGUACUACAGGCUCUGGAAGCCCUUCAGGACUCGGCGAGCGGGCCGUCAGCCGGAGCGCACCUGGAGCGCUUCACGGAGCAGUGCAGGAAGGACUUCGCUCACCGCUACCUGGCCGCCCAGAAGAACGCCUAUCCCACAAUCCUCUCCUGCUGCCGGCGGGCCGGGGCGGAUCGGGAGGCGCUGCUGACGGGCCUGGCCGCGUUCUCGACCCUGACGGACGGCCAGCCCGACCUGCUGGACGCCGAGGGGCGGGACUUCCUGCUGGGCGUGCUGCGGGCGCACGGGCCGGACGCGGCGGUGACGGGCGCGUGCGCGCGCGCCAUCCGCCACUGCUGCCUGAAGCACGAGCAGAACCGGCAGGACCUGGUCCGAGCCGGCGUGCUGGGCCUGCUCACCGGCGCCAUGGCGCGGCUGGCCUCCAACGCCGAGGCGGUCCGGGAGGCCAGCGCCGCCCUCAGGGUCAUGACCUUCGACGACGACGUCAGGGUGCCCUUCGGCCAGGCCCACGAGCACGCCAAGUCCAUCGUCCUGGAGCACGGCGGGCUGAAGGUCAUCGUGGAGGCGGCGAAGGCCCACCCGAAUAACAUGGGGGUCCUAAGUGAGCUGUGCGGAUGCCUGUCCCGUCUGGCUGUGAGGAACGAGUUCUGCCAGGACAUCGUGGAGCUCGGGGGGCUGAAGUUCAUGAUGACCCUCCUGGCUAACAGUCUGGACCACCAGGAGCUGGUGAGGCAGGUGCUCGGGGCUUUCCGCGCCGUCGCCGGGAACGACGACGUGAAGGACGCCAUCGCUAAGGCCGGAGGGACGGAGCUCAUCGUCAUGGCGAUGAACAGGCACAUGUCCAAUCCACAGGUGUGUGAGCAGGGCUGCGCAGCCAUGUGUGUCCUUGCUCUGCGCAAACCCAACAACUGCAGCAUCAUCAUGGAGUCCGCUGGGGCCCUCGCUGCUCUGCAGGCCAUGAAGACACAUCCUGGAGACGUCAACGUGCAGAAGCAGUCCUGCAUGCUGCUGAGGAAUCUGGUGGCGCACACCCAGGCGUUCAGCCAGCCCAUCCUGGAGAUGGGGGCGGAGGCCCUGAUUGGCCAGGCCAUGGCGGCGCACCGGGACUGCAGCGAUGUGGGUCGAGCGGCGCUCCGGGACCUGGGCUGCCAGGUGGAGCUGCGCGAGCUCUGGACCGGCAAGAAGGGCAGCCUGACCCAAUGAGACCCGCUAGCGACCCGCCCCGUACCGACUGGACCUGUCCCCUACCCACUGAGACCCGCCCGCUAGUGACCCGCCCCGUACCGACCUGCCCCCUACCCACUGAGACCCGCUAGCGACCCGCCCCGUACCGACUGGACCUGUCCCCUACCCACUGAGACCCGCUAGCGACCCGCCCCGUACCGACUGGACCUGUCCCCUACCCACUGAGACCCGCCAGCUAGUGACCCGCCCCGUACUGACUGGACCUGUCCCCUACCCACUGAGACCCGCCCGCUAGUGACCCGCCCCGUACUGACUGGACCUGUCCCCUACCCACUGAGACCCGCCCGCUAGUGACCCGCCCCGUACUGACUGGACCUGUCCCCUACCCACUGAGACCCGCCCGCUAGUGACCCGCCCCGUACCGACCUGCUCCCUACCCACUGAGACCCGCUAGCGACCCGCCCCGUACCGACUGGACCUGUCCCCUACCCACUGAGACCCGCCCGCUAGUGACCCGCCCCGUACUGACUGGACCUGUCCCCUACCCACUGAGACCCGCUAGCGACCCGCCCCGUACUGACUGGACCUGUCCCCUACCCACUGAGACCCGCCCGCUAGUGACCCGCCCCGUACCGACUGGACCUGUCCCCUACCCACUGAGACCCGCCAGCUAGUGACCCGCCCCGUACCGACUGGACCUGUCCCCUACCCACUGAGACCCGCCCGCUAGCGACCCGCCCCAUACCGACUGGACCUGUCCCCUACCCACUGAGACCCGCCCGCUAGUGACCCGCCCCGUACUGACUGGACCUGUCCCCUACCCACUGAGACCCGCCCGCUAGCGACCCGCCCCGUACUGACUGGACCUGUCCCCUACCCACUGAGACCCGCUAGUGACCCGCCCCGUACCGACUGGACCUGUCCCCUACCCACUGAGACCCGCCCGCUAGCGACCCGCCCCGUACUGACUGGACCUGUCCCCUACCCACUGAGACCCGCCCGCUAGCGACCCGCCCCGUACCGACCUGCUCCCUACAGACCAGACCCUGCUCCCUAGCAACCACACGCCUGCCCCCUAGCAACCACAACCGUACCCCACCCCCAAUCCACCAGACCCUGCCCACUUCCAUCUCUAUGGUCACGGAUGACGUUUCACUGAAUUUAUUAUUACCUUUUUUUUUUUUUUUUUAUGUUUUUGACAACAUCAUUUCUCUGCCUUAAAUUACACCACCAGUUGUACAUGUAAGCUGGUUUCAUUACUGCAGAUGUCCUUUACUGUAGAUUUAAAGCAUCCAAAACAACUCCCAACCACUUUUCUGUGGGACACAUGGAACCACAAUUGGACAUAUUCACCAAAUGUAGAUUUAAAGCAUCCAAAACAACUCCCAACCACUUUUCUGUGGGACACAUGGAACCACAAUUGGACAUAUUCACCAAAUGUGACUUCCUGAACUGGACCAACUGUUGUGCUCCUGUUGCUGUAGAGAAGUUUUCAUUGGGUGACUGUUGCACCGAAGCAUUAUGGGAUUUGGAAUCCCAACAAUAGUGAAACUCCUCCCCCAGGUUUCGGCCAAUCACGGCUGUCGGCUACAGUCGGGACUGGUUUCUAUUUGAUACUAGACUGUGUAGCACAUUCAUACUCUGGUCCAGAACGCGCUGUAAAAUCUGGAGCAUCGUCUACAUAUGGUGGCAACGGUUGCAAUUGCUAGAAGCUUCUGCAGUAUUCACUAAGCCACAUUAAUGAGGAAAACGCCUACAUUUUGAGAAAUAUUUACCCUGACUUCUGUUCGAUUUCAUUUUUGUGCAUUCACUGUUCGCAAAACGUGUUAGCUUAGCAUAAAGAUUUAGCGUAUAGGAGUCUGUUUCAAAGUGAAGAAAUGCGCCUUACAGCUGUCGUAUUUACGCGAGAUAUCGAACAUCUUGUCUCAGUCUGGGUAAGUCGGAAAAAAGGUAUAUUUCCCCAAAUGUUUGCGUUUUCGUUUUAAUGUGCGAUCCUUUCUAGUUUUUUUUUAUGUUUUAUAUUGUACAUACUUACUUUCUAAUUAAAUGCCUGCGUGUGUUUAUUUUUCAUUUUUAUUGAUUCAUAUUUUGUAGUUGUGAACUUUCCCCAUCAUUCUUGUAUACACGUAUAACUUUAUUUAUGAGCCGAGUAUAUUGAUAUAUUAAGUGCCCAAGAGCAUGGCCCUUUUGUCUGAUAGUUGUUCUGAAAUGAUUGAUUUGGCAGAAAAACAAUCUGCGUCGUUUAAAGGUGUUCUUAUUACCACAUGUUAACAAGAUCGUUGCUGGACGCUUUGUGAUAAAAUCUGCUAGUGUGCAAGCUGCAAAUUGUGUCCCCCGUCGUGCACAAUAACACAAUUACUUGACAUUUUCUAUUUGUUUUUUUGUUUUUUUAUUAAAUGAACUGCUGAAUGUC